GUCAUAAUCACCUCAGCUGCUUCGACACUGGAGUUGCAGUUCUCCUCAUCACACUUGAGCGUCUCCACCAUGCCACCCCGCCGCGGUCGCCCUGUCGACGGCGCUGUUCGUGGUCCAACCUCGGCUCUAACCUCUUUCCUUGCUGGCCUCGGCGUCGAAGCUCCUAACACAAACAUCUACGCGCGGCGCGAGGAGCCUACCGAUGAAGCGCCUCCACCGCCGCCUCCCGAAGACGAGGAGGUGGCCCGUCCGGGGAAGCGCCGCCGCGCCAUCUCCGUAGACAGUGACGACCUCGACGACGCCCCUGGUGGUGACGAUGACUCUGAUGAGUUUACGCCCGCCGCUAGCGGGAGCGUGACGCCUGCCUCCGUUGGUGCCGCGCCCUCUAUCCUCAAGGCUAUCGGGGAGAUGAUGGAGUGCGGGGAGUGUGGGAGGCGGUUCCCGGUGACUCAGUACACCAAGGAACAUCCUCGCAAGCCUCGAACUUGGCUCUGCACACCUUGCUGCCGACCCCUGGGCAUCGAUCCAUACGCUAAGGCUAAGAAGCCCCGUGGAAAGGCAGCUGCAGCCCCAGCAAAGGCGAAGAAGGACGCGCGUAAUAAGAUUGUCCACUACGAGGUGACAAAAGGCGUUCCUGUGCUCUCUCAGAUUUGCAUCGAGAUCAUCGGCCGGUUCAUUGAAGAUGUUGAGGCGCUAGGCGAGAUUGGGGCGGAUAGAAUGGACCAUGUUUGCAAGGUCAUCUCCAAAAGCCGCCGGCUCACGCCCGAGACGGCGAAGCUGUUCUUCUCAGCCGACCGCACUGAGCUGACGAUGUACGACGUCACGAACCUUGAUCACAAUGCGUUUGUCACCCUUGGCCUCCUCUGUCCCAACCUCGAGAGCCUCAACCUGCAGUACUGCGGCCAGAUGAUGACGGAUACUCUCGUGCACUGGGCGAAGCAGCUGCGCAAACUGAAGCACUUGGAGUUGUUUGGCCCCUUCCUUGUGCGCAAAGAAGGCUGGAUCGAAUUCUUCAAAGCGCGAGGCAAGGAGCUAGAAUCGCUUAGCAUUACUCAGUCGCCCCGCAUUGAUCUCGAGACAAUAGAGGUGCUUGUCAAGCACUGCCCGAAUCUGCGUGUGCUCAAACUCGCUGAGAUAGGGCAGAUGGACUCCGACUUCCUUGCGCCUCUUGCCAAGUUGAACAAGCUCGAAUCAUUGGCUAUAUCCUCACCGGGCACGGCGAUCAGCGACGACGCGGUGGAAACACUCCUCACGGCGGUGGGGAAGAACCUCUCUUCUCUGGAUCUGGGCCACAACACUGAGCUGAGCGACGAGAUCCUCACCUCGAUCGCUGGCUGCCCGAAACUCACCAGCCUCGCCCUCGCGGGCGUGGACCUUAGCGACGCCGGAGUCGGUCGGUACUUCCAAACCCUCAAGUCCAAGAAGCGUCCGGGCCUGGUGCACAUUGACCUGGAGAAGGGUCACGACCUGGCACACGAAGCGUUGACCGCGCUGAUCGCGCACUCUGGCAGCACUGUGUGCUGGCUCAGCCUCAAGGGAUGGCGCAACGUGCCCGCCGACGACGUGGCUCUCCUCGCCGGAUGCCCAAACCUGUCGUACCUCGACCUUGGGUGGUGCCGCCACAUCACGGACUUUACGCUCAAAGACAUUCUCGAGGGGUGUCCGGCGCUCAAGCACGUCCGUGUGUGGGGGUGCAACAAUCUCACGGACCGCGUGCCGCGCAGGCGCGGCGUCAAGGUUGUCGGUAUUGAGACGCAUGCGAUCUGAGCUCUGUGCGGAUGGGCGUUAGCUUGUAGCGAGUGUGCAUAUAUGUAAGCAUGUACAUUUAUCUGUGAUGGUAGGAUUUCAGCAGAAGAAGCCGACGACAAUGCUGGAAAGGUUGUGUCAGUUGCACGAAUCGCUCUAUGUGGCACUGCC